CAGGAAGCCUUCUUGAAUUUUCUGGCCGUUCAGCUGCUACGUGUUGUGGUGUGUUUACGUUUAUAGACGUGUGUUUUAGACGUUUUAGUAGUUUGGUUUUAAACCCCAGUUUAUUCACGAUGCUGUUGGAGGACGUGAGGAAGCUGAAAGUGUCCGAGUUGAGGGCCGAGCUGCGGGAUCGUGGUCUGGACCCCAAAGGGCUGAAAGCUGAGCUUGUGGCUCGUCUGAUGUCAGCCAUCAGGAGCACAGAACCUGGUCACGAUGCACAGGAGACUCCAACACUAACAUGUCACACUGUAGACACAUCCACAGGCUCUGGGACAGCUUUAAAUAACAAGCAGCAAACUGUGGAGCAAAAGCAAUCAGAGGAAACCUGGAGAGAAGCGAGGUCCUGCACACAGGAUCAGAGCACACAGACAGACAAUGACACUGCAGUCCCACAGUCAGUCUGCUGUUGUUCUAACAGGACAGAAGAACCUUUUAAAAGCCUGUGUGUUCUCAGCAGCAGUGAUGUGCAUCAGGAGGAAGAUCAGUCUGCACCACUGGAGAGUCAUCAGUUACCCCGUCUGGCUCCUGUCAUCACUGAGACCAGGAAAGGAAAGGAGGACGAGUCCAGGAACGUCAGCAGACCUGACGAAGAGAGGGGCCGAGAUUAUUACGAGUUUAAAGAGGAGAUCCAGUAUAUGAGAGCCAAAACUCCAGAGCCGAGUCCUGCGAGCGAGGAUGAGAUGGACAUCGAUGAUGACACGGUUCGACUAGAUCCCUACAACAGCGACCUGCAUUUUGAAGUGAGUGCAGACGGGAGCAGCGGUCAGCCUUUACUCUGGGAGAAGUUUCCUCUGCUGCAUUCAGGAUGCAGACUGACCCACGGCUUUACUCGAGGAAAAGUGGGAUGCGAAGUCAAGUAUGUGAAGAGAUUGUCAGCAGCUACGCCGACGUGUGUCAACCCUGAGCCUCAUGUCCUCAGAGUGGGAUGGUCUGUGGAUGGAUCCAGCCUUCAGCUAGGAGAGGACGAGCUGUCGUUCGGAUUUGAUGGAGCAGGCAAAGCAGUGACCGGAGGAAAGACGGAAGAUUUCGGCGAGUCGUUUUCAGAGGGUGAUGUCAUCGGCUGCUAUGCGUUCAUCAGUGACUGCGGAGAGACAGAGUUAUCAUUUUCUAAAAACGGCCUUUUUCUCGGGGUGGCGUUUCGACUCGCUGGCUCCAUCCUGGCAGGUCGUGCGCUCUACCCACACGUCCUGUGCAAAAACUGUUCAGUUUCCCUGAACCUGGACCCUCGGGGCGUGACGUGGUAUCCUGGCCCUCCUGGGUACUGCCCUUUACCGAUGCUACCAUCUGCACAUCGUUCUCAAGCACCACUUCCUCCAUCACACAGGAAAGACUGUGAGGUGCUAAUGAUGGUUGGUAUGCCAGGGUCUGGAAAGAGCCACUGGGCUGAGAGCCACGUGGCGAAGAACCCAGAGAAGCGAUACGAUGUGUUGAGCACAAACUCCGUCCUUCACUGCAUGAGACUGCCGAGCCCAGAACACAAGAAUCUGAUGCUGCAGCAGGCAACACAGUGUCUCACACACCUCAUCAAAAUAGCAGCAACUAAGAGGAGGAACUUUAUCCUGGACCAGGCGAACAUUUACCCGUCUGCUCAGAGACACAAGCUGCUGAGAUUUUGCGUCUAUCAGAGAAAGGCGGUUGUGCUCGUCCCCUCGGACGAGGAGUGGAAGAGACGCUUGGCGCAGAAAGAGCAGAGUGAGGGUGCAGUGCUGCCUGAAAUAUCACUGCUAAAAAGCAAAGUGAGUUUCACCCUCCCCGAGCAGGGAAAUCUCCUGGAGGACAUCCUGUUUGUCGAGCUCUGCCGUGAAGAUGCACAAAAACUCCUCACAGGCUAUAAAGAACAGGCCACACGUCUCCUACCUACACCCGCUAAACGGCACAAAAGGCACAAAAAACGUCCCCAUAAACGUCCCGGCGAUUCCCUCGGAUUGAGCCGCAGUCACAACGUGCUGCAGUCACAGUGGGGAUGCCAUAAGCCAAACGGAUGGAACUUUUCUGCUUUCUCUCAGCCUUAUGGCUAUAACAGUGAUCCACAGACGUACAGAGAUUACUAUCAGCCCUGUACUGAACAGUGGAACCUGGGUAAUCAAAAUCAGAGCUUCUAUGCCAACCAAGGCUAUUAUUUUGGCAGCCAGGCAUUUUGGUAAUCGAACUUUUUUGAAGAACUGCUUUACAACAUUUACUCCAAGUUUUUUUAAGCUUUUGAGUGUCAUUUGUUUUAUAUUCAUUUUGUACAAAAAAACACAAGUGUUACUGCAGUAUUCUGAAAAGCGUUUCCUUUUGUGAAUCAAAAUUCUGAACUUUUUUAUAUUGUUGAACACUGAACACAAACUUAUUCAAAAUAUAG